AUGCUCAAGAGGCAAUUCUGUAUGCUGAAAGCCCAGGGAAGGCUCCCACUGGACCUCCCUCUGAGACCAAUGAAGGACUGGCUCCUGGCAGGGAAAAGAGUCUUCCUGGAGCGUGAGGCAGAGACAUGGAAGAGAUGGAGGAAGGUCUCUGUAGCUGAAUUGACUUGGGAUGCAAAGAGGGGCCUGGAAUUACAGGAAACAGAGACAGAGAUAGUUAUCCUGCUCAGUGGCCAGAGAGUUCAGGAUGAAUUAAGGAUACCAAAUGUCAUCGUGGACACUGCGCCCGACAGAGACAUCCAGCUUCUGAAAGAGGAGCGUUGGAAGUUGAACUUCUUGCACCUAAAGGAUGAGACAUGCCUGGCCACUGAGCUUUAUGGACAUUCUGAGACCUCUUCAAAGGAAACUCUAAUUGAAGAGAAAAGACCAAAGACCAAGUGCCCGGCCAGUGUCGCUGGGGCUGCUGACAUUGACAACACCAACGAGGAGGCUUCAGUGGAGUCUCCGAAUAACAAUGUGGUGGAUGUCCAGGCUGAACCGCUGGCCCUGGUCGGUGUGGAGAAAGAGGCUGCUGGAGAUGGAAAGGUCCUCAGCAAGGUGGUGAAGCCCAAAGUGUGGCUGAAGGAGGGUUGUAAAGAUCAGCUAACCCGAAAAUUCUAUGAUAUGAUUGCGGAACUACCAAAGUCCUAUUUCGGAUCCACUGAGAGCCUUCCUGAGAUGUGUGGCAGCGUUCCUGAGGUGUGUAGCAGAGUGCCUGAGGUGUGCAGCAGAGGUCCUGAGGUGUGCAGAAGAGGUCCUGAAGUGUGCAGAAGAGUUCCUGAGGUGAGGUGCAGAGGUCCUGAGGUGAGGUGCAGAGGUGCAGAGGUCCUGAGCACAGGUCCUGAGGUGUGCAGUGGAGUGUCUGAGCUGUCAAAUGCAGUGGGAGAGGUGUCAAGUGACACAAAGAAGACAGAGGCUACUGGAGCCCUUCUGAACACUGGAAAUGGCCUGAGAAAGGUGGUGCAGCUAUCCAAUGAGAGCCGUCCUGAGGUGUGCAGCAGUCCUGGGGUGUGCAUCAGAGUGCCUGAAGUGUUCAGUGGAGGUCCCGAGGUAUGCAGUGGAGUGCCUGACAUGUGCAGUGGAGUGCCUGAAGUGUUCAAUGGAGGUCCUGAGGUGUGCAGGGGAAGUCCUGAGGUGUUCAGUGAGGUGCCUGAGGCACCAAACGCAGUGGAAGAGGUGUCCAGCGACAAAAAUAAGACAGCGGCUGCUGAAAACCUUCUGGACACUGAAAAUGUCCUUAGCAAGGUGGUGAACCCCAAAGGGUGGCUGAAGGAGGGCUGGGAAGAUCAGCUGCACCGAGACUUCAAUAAUAUGAUUACAAAACUCCCAAAGUCCUAUUUCGGAUCCACCGAGAGCCUUCCUGAGGUGUGCAGCAGAGGUCCUGAGGCCUCAAACGCAGUGGAAGAGGUGUGCAGUGACACAAAGAAGACAGAGGCUACUGUAAACCUUCUGAAAACGGGAAAUGGCCUAUGCAAGGUUGUGCAGCUAUCCACUGAGAACCGUCCUGAGGUGUGCAGCAGUCCUGAGGUGUGCAUCAGAGUGACUGAGGUGUUCAGUGGAGGUCCCGAGGUAUGCAGUGGAGUGCCUGACAUGUGCAGUGGAGUGCCUGAAGUGUUCAGUGGAGGUCCCGAGGUAUGCAGUGGAGUGCCUAACAUGUGCAGUGGAGUGCCUGAAGUGUUCAAUGGAGGUCCUGAGGUGUGCAGGGGAAGUCCUGAGGUGUUCAGUGAGGUGUCUGAGGCACCAAACGCAGUGGAAGAGGUGUCCAGUGACAAAAAGAAGACAGCGGCUGCUGAAAACCUUCUGGACACUGAAAAUGUCCUUAGCAAGGUGGUGAACCCCAAAGGGUGGCUGAAGGAGGACUGGGAAGAUCAGCUGUCCAGAGACUUCAAUAAUACGAUUGUAAAACUCCCAAAGCCCUAUUUCGGAUCCACCGAGAGGCUUCCUGAGGUGAGCAUAGGAGUGCCUGAGGUGUUGAACGCAGUGGAAGAGGUGUGCAUUGACACAAAGAAGACGGAGACAACUGGAGACCUUCUGAACACUGGAAAUGGCCUCAGCAAGGUGAUGCAGCUAUCUACUGAGAGCUGUCCUGAGGUGAGCAGCGGAGUGACCGAGGCGUUGAACUCAGUGGCAAAGGUGUCCAGCGAAAUAAAGAAGCGGAAGAAAAAUGGCGUUCUGCGAUUCUUCCGACGUGUGUGGAAGUUCUUCACAUGCACCAUCAGCCUCCCCAAAGAGGAGUGA